GUCCCGCCGCCGCCGCCGCUCGAGGCAGCGCGUGCGAUGGGAAGCCCACUGCGGCUGCGGCCGGAGCUCUGCUACCAUCAUCAUCAUCAUCAGCAUCAUCAUCCUCAGCAGCAGCAGCAGCAGCAUCACAGGCACGGGUACCGGGGCAGCAGCCAGGCGAGCGCGAGCCCGAGCGAGCACGCGCCCUCCAGCCAUGCGAGCUGCUCGAGACUCCAUCCACCUCCUCCUCUUCCUCCACCUCCUCUUCCUCCACCGCUCCACCCUCCUCCUCCUCCUCCUCUCCCUCCCGCUGCCGCUGCGGAGAUGAGCGGCUGCGGCCGGUACAACGGCGGCGUGAUGCGCCGCAGCCUGCACGAGUUCGACUCCGAGUCGCAGCCGCUGAGGCCCGCGUGCGCCGCGUCCGCCUGCGCCAGCGACGCCGCGCCGUACCCGGACGUGUCCGUGUCGUCCUCGAAGCCCGACGGCGGCGGGGGAGGCGGCGGAGGCGGCGGAGGGGGCGGCGGGGGAGGCGGCGGCGGAUCGUCCGGCCAGAGAGGCUCCAAAUCCGGCAAGAAGAAGAACCAGAACAUCGGGCAGAAGCUCGGCCACCGGAGGGCGCUGUUCGAGAAGCGCAAGCGCCUCAGCGACUACGCGCUCAUCUUCGGCAUGUUCGGUAUCGUGGUGAUGGUCAUAGAGACCGAGCUGUCCUGGGGGGCUUACGGAAAGGAGUCCCUGUAUUCGUUAGCGCUAAAAUGCCUGAUAAGCCUUUCUACAAUCAUCCUUCUGGGUUUGAUCAUCAUUUAUCACGCCAGAGAGAUUCAGCUGUUCAUGGUGGACAACGCGGCGGACGACUGGAGGAUAGCCAUGACCUACGAGCGGAUCUUCUUCAUCUGCCUGGAGAUCCUGGUGUGUGCCAUCCACCCCAUCCCGGGCAAGUACACCUUCACCUGGACGGCGCGCCUGGCCUUCUACUACACCUCCUCCAAGACAGACGCGGACGUGGACAUUAUCCUGUCCAUCCCCAUGUUCCUACGGCUGUACCUGAUCGCCCGCGUCAUGCUGCUGCACAGCAAACUGUUCACGGACGCUUCCUCACGCAGCAUCGGCGCGCUCAACAAGAUCAACUUCAACACGCGCUUCGUCAUGAAGACGCUCAUGACCAUCUGCCCCGGCACCGUGCUGCUGGUCUUCACCAUUUCUCUGUGGAUCAUCGCCGCCUGGACUGUGAGGGCGUGCGAAAGGUACCACGAUAACCAAGACGUAACCAGCAACUUCUUAGGAGCCAUGUGGUUGAUCUCAAUCACUUUUCUAACCAUUGGAUACGGGGACAUGGUCCCCAACACGUACUGUGGCAAAGGGGUGUGUCUCCUCACCGGGAUUAUGGGCGCCGGGUGCACUGCUUUGGUGGUGGCCGUGGUGGCGAAAAAACUGGAAUUAACCAAAGCUGAAAAACAUGUACAUAACUUCAUGAUGGACACGCAGCUGACCAAAAGAGUGAAAAACACGGCUGCUAACGUUCUCAGGGAGACCUGGCUCAUCUACAAGAACACCAAGCUGGUGAGGAAGAUGGACCACGCCAGGGUCAGGAAGCACCAGAGGAAAUUCCUCCAAGCCAUUCACCAAGCUCGAAAAUUAAGAAGUGUAAAAAUGGAGCAACGGAAGCUGAAUGACCAAGCAAACUCUCUAGUGGACCUCGCUAAGACUCAGAACAUCAUGUACGACCUGAUCUCGGACCUGAACGAGCGCGGCGAGGACACGGAGAAGAGGAUCGCGGUUCUGGAGACCAAGCUGGAGACGCUGCUGAGCAACCUGCAGGCUCUGCCGGGCCUCAUCAGCCAGCUGAUCAGCCAGCAGCACCGCGACUUCCUGGAGGUGCAGCUGCAGCCGUACGAGCGCUCGCAGUCGGUGUCUCGUCGACGGUCGUCCUCCACCGCCCCGCCCACUUCCUCGGAGAGCAGCUAGAGGGCGCUGCCGCCAAGUCACACAGUCUACCGUAGAGCCUUACGGUUUCAAUAACGUGUUCUCUGUCCGUGGUUCCGACGAGCGGUGGGGGAAAACGCGGCCGAAGCGGCGUCAAAACUGUCCUCGUACUUUUUUAUUUUACCUCAAAACAAGAAACUCGUACAGACGAGCGUUAGCUUUUCUCUGCUGACGGGUUCGCAGAGAUGAACUCCUCCUACUCCUCCUCAGUUAACGAAGGGGCUAUCAUGAGAACGAGCCGGCGGUGGGCGGAGCAGAGCAGCGUCACAACCUCCUUAUGGCACAAAAUAAUACAGUGCCAGAAUAGUGCUUCCGUAUGGAUACUCUGCUCUCGCUCGCUCUCUCUCUCUCAACGCUUAUAAAAAUGAGGCUGACUACUUCUUCCUUCAACCAGCAGGUGUUGCAUUUAUUAUAACUUUUUUUGUUGUUUGUUUGUUUGUUUGUUUCUUUAAUUGUUCAUUUGUUUUUCUUUUUUUUUGUUCUCGGUUUUUGUUAAGGAGAUGAAUUUGUCGAGUGUGUCUCAAUCCAUGGGUCAACGAAGAUUAAUAUCGAUUAAUCUGGCAACCCACAAAGCUAACAUGGGUACUGCAUGAGGGGGGCGUCCCAACUGCGUACGAAUUACUUACUAACGCUGACUAAUUUUCUAGUAGUUUUACGAUUUGAGUACGAAGUGUAAUAAAAUAAAAGUAUGAAGUAUAGAUAAAAGUGUCAAAAAAAAGAAGUUGAGUAUACUCAAAAUACGUAAUUGUAUACUCAGAAUAGGCUGAGUUUUGAGUAUGGUUACAGUUAUCAGAUGGACACUCUUAUCUCACAAUGCAAUGUUAUACGAUACUAGAAAACAUUGCACUAUUUUUAAAGUUUAGUCUAUAGUCUAAUCUAGUCUAUACACUCAUCGACAAAAAAUAAGUAAAGAAAUAACGCACCAAUGAGAUGAUAGUUGACUUUCAAGCUCUAGUUUAGACUCUGUUGGUUUCUCUUUCCUAAGUACAAGAUAAGAUUGAGACAGUUGGGUAUGGAGCACAUUUGCCCACAGAUGUUGCUACAGCUGGGCCUGUAGAUCCUGUAGCUCUACACUCGUAGGUUUCCCAGCUGCUCCAAUUAUAAAUGCUGGACUGGUUAUAAAUUUGGCAACCGGUCAGGUCAAAGAAGUGUUGCACCUUUGCAGUGUGUAGGUGAGCUGCUUCUCCUCAGUGGGUCAAUGAUCCACGCUUCUUAAAGUCUGUUAACUGCGCAUUAAUUUUUUGGGCCCUAUCUUACUCCCUGUGCAAGGCGUAUCGCAAUGUACAUUGCUAUCUUACACCUCGCCAAAAACAGUCUAUUUUCAUCUCUUGCACCUGCUUUAUUUAAAUAGCAACGGUCCUUAUUAAUAUAUACACUGAUGGGCGUGGUGGUCUGGAAAUGAGGUGCGUUCAGGUCAAUUUCUGCUGUAUUGUUAUUUUGGCAGCAGAAAACACACUUGCUCCACUGACUGAUUAGAACCCUGACAACAAUCAGGAGUCAAGAUGUUCAUUGCUAUCUUGGCAACUAUUACAUCAACAAUAAAGAGAAUACUAAAUAAAAUAAGAUUGCUUUUCCAGUAAAUGAGCUGCUGGAGCUCUUUCACAGUGUGAACAAGCAGCUCAGUUUACUCGGCUGCUGAGAAGCAUUGGACACGUCCAGGUAGCUGUGCCGUUAAAAUAGCAAUCCGCCAAAGUCUGAGCUUACCUGGCUCUUAAAGGGAAUGAUGAGCAAGUGACGCACUGAUUGGUUUACUUCACGUUACGCCCAAAAUGAACCACACCCAUGAUUAAUUAAGAGAAUUAGCACAUCGCUUUUAAGCAUUUUAAGCAGUGCAAAGUGCACUUUUCCCGUGGUUAUGAUAGUAAAGACAUGCUGAAACACCCUAAAUCAAGCUGCUCGGUGCACAGCUGAUGGCUUACCUGUAGAGGUACAUUUCCUAGAGUUAAAAAAGGACUCUGAGGACAGCUGGGAGCAGUGUUACACCCCCUUGUGGUAUAAAAAGACCCAUUGUCUAAUCAGACCACACCUGUAAUCAUUUACAUAUCUGCCUGAGCCAUAAUUGCAUGCCUAGUCAUGCAGUAAUCCGGGGUGCGUUAUUUUUCUUUUAUUAUUUUAAUUUGUUGUCAAUGAGUGUAUGUAUGUUGGCAUAAGGCAUAGCAACAUUUCAUCACUUCAUGUUAGAAAAAACACAUACUUUUAACCACACAAUUAAGAUUAGUAUAUAGUUCCUUAAACACCUUAUAGUACCUUACUAGUUUGUAGUACGCAAUUGGGACGCAUCCGAAGAUUGUCUACGUUGGUGUGGAAGAGAAAGUCGUGUAUCUUUUAGGUUAGAAACAGCAUAAGCAUAAGCUAUAGCGUUCUCCUUCCGAGCCCCCUUCAGAAGUGAGCGUUUAUUUCGGGGGCCAUACUGCAAAACAAUUUACUCUUCUCAAAAUGAAUGCAUCUAAAGCUAUACUUGCACUUUUAUGCACUUCAGUACUGACUGACUAUAAUAUGAAUUUGUGUUGCUCAUUAAAAUAAAAGUAAAACAAAAAAAUACUAAUAAUACAACUGAUUAAACCACCUUUAGUUAUUAGAUAACGGCCAGAAUGUACAAAACUGACUGCGUAGGCUGUGUAAGAGCAGGAUAGCUGACGAAAUGCCCGUCCUCAUAUGGAGAAAAUAUAAAAAAAUAAUCAUAAGGGACCUCAACCUGAAACUGUGCUUACUUCAUAGAUAUUAGACUGCUACUAUUAUUGCUGCUUCCUUUUCCAACUCCUUAUCGAAUCUGCCCUUAAAGCUCCUGGGAACUGAUUUUGAUAUAUUGAUAUUUUUGGUGUAAUUUAUUUGGGUGCUCAGUGAAGUUUAUAUAGAAAACAGAAAGCAUAAAUAUGAUAAAGCACUCCUCAAAAAUCCCAAAACUACACUCUUCAUACCUCUCUGGAUUAUCGCUUUUAACUUCAACUGUCAAGGUUUAGCUUUAGCGACUCUUUAACAUGUGGAAUUCGGAAAUAACACUGUAAAUCACACAAGAUAGCUAAAACACUUUUAGUGGUUUUAUGAGUAAAUAAUAAAAACACAGAUAAUAAGAAGCUUGAUAUUUAAAAAAAAAUAGCUAAUUGGCCCUCUAAUUUAACUUUAGCUCUCUAGGUUUAGGUCUGUAGAUCUCCAGUUUAAAUAUACCUCCACAGGAUUAGCCUUGUCUUUAGAUCUUUGGUUUUAGGUUUAGCUCUAACUGCAGAUCUCCAGUUUCUGGUUUGGGUUUAGCUUAAGCUCUCCAUGUUUGCUUGAGCUUUAGCUCUUCGGGUUUAGCUUUAACUCCAGCUCUUCAAAAUUGGGUUUGGGUUUAGCUUUAGCUCUUCAGGUUUAGUUUUAACUCAAGCUCUCCAGGUUUUCUUUUGCUUUAGCUCUCCAGGUUUAUCUUUAACUCCAGUUCUUCAGGGUUAGCUUUAACUCAAGCUCUCCAGCUUUGCUUUAGCAUCCAGCUCUUCAGCUCUCCAGGUUUGCUUUAGCUAUAGCUCUCCAGGUUUAGCUUUAACUCCAGCUUUUAAGCUCUCCAGGUUUGGGUUUAGUUUUAGCUCUCCAGGUUUGUUUUAACUCAAGCUCUCCAGGGGUAACUUUAACUCCAGCUCUCUGGGUUUGCGCUUGGGUUUUAGCUAUAACUCUCCAGGUUUAGUUUUAGUUCUGCAGGUUUGCUUUUGCUUUAACUCUCAAGGUUUAGCUUUAACUCCAGCUCUACAGGUUUAGGUUUGGGUUUAGCUUAAGCUCUCCAGGUUUGCUUUAGCUCUCCAAGUUUUGGUUUAGCUUUAGCUCUCCAGGUUUAGCUUUAACUCAAGCUCUCCAGGUUUUCUUUAGCUAUAACUCUCCAGGUUUGCUUUAACUCAAGCUCUCCAGGAUUAGCUUUAACUCCAGCUCUCCAGAUUCAGGUUUGGGUUUAGCCUUAGCUCUUCAGGUUGCUCAGAAAACAAAUUACGCCACAUGUUAGCACUAGCAUGUGAUUGGCCAAGAGUAUGCUGACAUUAACCUGACCCAGUUCUAUUCUAAAUAGAGAGGAGGGUGAUGCUGGUGUAAUACAGUGAAGUAUUUCAGACGUUGGGAAUAUAGAUAUAGAUAUUUAUAAGAGAAAUCUCAGAAUGACCCAGGUUUCCAGGGGCUUUAACGGCUAAAAGGUAUCUAUCUCUCUAUCUCCUACUGUCUGUCCACUCAGUUGAGAGCGAAGGGUCAGCUUUGCUCUCUGUCUAUACAUGACCGUCCAAUCUCACUCCACAGAGAUCCACUGGAUGCUAUUUAUGGAUGUAUCACAUCUGAUUAAGAGCAGCAAAUAACUUGUAUAUGUUUGGAAAUGCCUAUUUUUGUACUCACGAGGACAAGCACACCUCCUAAAACAUGUCUUUCUGAAGGAUGUAUCAGAUCAUUACUGUGCCCAGGUGUUUGGAACCAAAGCUAUUAAACUGGGUGAACGGGUCUGACCUGUGUGCUGGAGUCUGGGGCCCUGGAGGACCUCCACCGUCCAGUAGAGUGAGCGGUGUUCACCAGGAGAGUGAGCUGAAAUAGUGAACAGAUUGCUUAUGGGUGUUAAUGGAAUACUCCAGUGUUUCUUUAAACCUACUGUAGUUUGUGUCUGUCAGUUUCACUUCAGUUUCUGAAUUAGUUUCUCUGAUUUUGCUAUUUAUAGGUAUAUGUUUGAGUAAAAUGAACAUAAUGAAAAUAAUACAAAGAUAAUAAAACAAUUUCAUAUUUAUAAAGUUUUAAGAGUUUCGAAAUCAAUAUUUGGUGGAAUAACCCCGGUUUUUAAUCAUAGUUUUCAUGCAUCUUGGCAUCAUGUUCUCCUCCACCAGUCUUACACACUGCUUUUGAAUAACUUUAUGCCUUUACUCCUUGUGCAAAAAUUCAAGCAGUUCAGUUUGGUUUGAUGGCUUGUGAUCAUCCAUCUUCCUCUUGAUUAUAUUCCAGAGGUUUUCAAUUUGGUAAAAUCAAAGAAACUCAUCAAAUUUAAGUGGUCUCUUAAUUUUUUUCAGAGCAGUUGAACCUUUUAAAAGUGCUGGAGCUACGGACCAAACCGCUCUCAGAACUUUCUGGAUAGUUAGAUAGGUAGCGAAAGACUGUACUGUUGUGAUUAGUUUACUAAAAAAAUGUUUUAAGUUUACAUUCAAAUUGUAAAGUAAAUCAGUCCGAAUUUCCAUAUGAAAUGUGAUUUAUAGUUUAUUGUUCCUGAAGUAAAAUCAGGUUUGUGUUACUGAGCUUUAAAUUUCUCUAAACAUGUUUAAACAUGAGAAAGUCACGGUUGUCGCAGCCUGCAGCAAACAAAAAUGUUCCAAACUUAAUAUGAUCUGUUUUAUGUACAUUUUUCUAGUUUAGAAUUCACUGAAUGUUAAAUGGAAAUGUAACCGAUUUUCCUCAAAAUUCUCCAUAAUUCAGUGAUUUAAGAUGUUAACAGUUAAACAGAGUGUGUGUAUAAAGUGUGAAAGUGGAGUUAAUUGUAUAGAAACUUUAUUUUAACAGCACCUAGUUUAAUAUACUAUAUAUUGCCAAAAGUAUUCGCCCACCCAUCCUAAUCACUGAACUCAGGUUCUCCAAUGAAUUCCAUGUCCACAGCUGUGUAAUAAAAGCACCAGCUAGUCAUGCAGACUGCUGCUACAAACAUUAGUGAAAGUGUCUUGGGUGUGUCUCGGGUCAUUGUCAUGCUGGAAGACCCAACCACAACCCAUUUUCAGUGCUCUUACUGAGGAAAGAAGAAGGUCCAAGAUCCAAACACCACCUUGAAAACUUUCAAUGGAAGUCAAUGUAAAAAGAGUUUAUUUCAGGUCAUUUUGAAGAGUUUCUAUUGGUCCGUUCAUCAAGAAAUUUUAACACAGUGUGAGGGACAGUUUGUCUGUUUAAAUUAUGUAGUAAACUAAAAAUCAAAAGAAAUGGAGAUAAGUGUUUUUCAUUGGACAGGGACGAUAUAAAAUAGAUCAUUGUUUGGAACAUUUCUGUUUUUACUGCAGGUUAAGAGAUAUCAGCAACUUUUUAAAAAAUCCUACAGAUCAAAAACGUCUCACAGGAGACCCACAGCUUCUGAGACCUGCUGUUUAGAGCAUUAGGACUGUUACACACUAUGCAAAAUGUGAAACGAGGUGAUGAGUUUGUAUUAUUGGAGGGAUCCGUACGCCUGUAAGUGAGAUUGUGCUGCUGUAAAUUCUUUUAAUUUGCGAGUUAAGAACCGAGCCGAACUGCGGUUCAGUUUUACAGCUGGGCAUUUUAAGUAUUAAAUAAUCAUAAGCUUCCAUACGUCUGGAAUGGAGAGAAUAUGAGCACUACAUUUACUAAAAAACAAUUUUCUUUUUUUUUUGUACUUCAUUUUUUUUUGUAAUUAAAAAACAGUGAACACUU